AUGUUUUCAUUCGCUAAAUUAACGUCAAAUCUUCUUUUUUCUAAGUUAUAUCGGAGACAGUUGAUUGCAAUGAUCCCAGCUUACUUAACAAUGAUAAGUGGUGGAAUGUUUCUCUCUUACGGAAUAUUUCAAAUUUUCUUUGGAUAUCAAUCAUUCACUGCUGACAUGUCAACAAUUCAAAUGUUUUUUCUACCUGCAAGUUUUCACAUUUCACUAAUGCUUGGUGCGCUUGCGACAAGUUUCAGCUAUUACUGUGUUGAAAUUAAACAAAUUCAUCUUAUCAACUCAUUACUAAUGUUAACUGGAUCAAUAGUGCUAACAAUUCUACCAGAUCUUUACACUUCUGUUGUGAUAUCAAGAACAAUUUUUGGCUUGGGCUUUGGAUCAUCAUAUAUCACUUUUAUAAUCUACGCUUCAGAAAUUUCAUCAGGCAAAGUGAGAGCACAAAUAAUUUUCCUUCUUCAUCUUUCACUUACCAUGGGAAUGCUGAUGUUAAGCAUUUUCUGCUUGGGAACAAACUUUAUUGUAAUCAUGAGAGUGAAAGGCUCAUUCUGCAUUGUUCUCACACUUGUCUCUAUCGGGUUGGGAUACUUCAAACUAAAGUCGUCACAUAUCCACAUGAUGCAAAAUAACUCGAAGGAUGCUUUCGAAAGAUUUCUGUACUUUCAACAAGAUAACAUAGAAAAUCCACAUUUUGAAAGUGAAGCUAUGCUUAGUUACAUCAUUGAAGAGAAGAAGCGACGCUACGAGUUCUUCAGUCAACAUAAUAUCAAUACACUUGCUAUUGUGCUCCUUUUCAAAAUCGGUUAUUUGUCGAUAUUUAAUGCAUUGCACAAUGUUCAGAGAAUUGUUUUGAUGAGUGCAUUUCUCACUAUUUCGGACACAAACUUCAGUCAACUGAUAAUGAUGGCGUCGAGAAUGCUUGGAUGUGUUGUUGGCUUUCUCUUUCUUGACAAUUUAACAAAGCGAUUGCAAUUCUUCAUCUCUGCAAUCAUCAUCUUUCUUCUACUUCUUAUAUUUUCUAUUUUAUUGUCGAUUUAUCAAUCAAUGUCCAUCUGGACGCCUUUGAUAUUCUUCAUUCCACUUGAGUUCUUCGUGGGAUUUGGAUUGAGUCCGAUUGGUGAUAUUUUGAAGGGUGAAUUGUUUCCACUCAAGGAGAAGCCCGUUUCGAUAGCGACAACGAUAAUUUUCGAAGAAGUUGUUCACAUUCUGUGCAUUAUUCUUUUACUGAGUUGGAUUUCAUAUCUCGGUAGUGUCCCAACUUUUAUGUCAUUCAUCUUCGCAUUCAUUACUUUAGUAAGCGGUUUCGGCGUCGUUGUUCUUCUUAGGGACUCUCGAAAGCAAUCUUUGAGACUUGUCGCAAACUUAUAUUCAGAUAAAAGAACAUUAAACUAAACAGCUUUAUUAAAACACUUCCAACACCUGUCAUUGAUGUUUAUACCGACACUAACGAG